AUGACCCGCCAAUCCUCGGCGAGCUUCGCGCAGUUCUUCCCUGCAGCCCCCCGCGUCGCUAGGGACAGAGCGAACGAACGAGAGAAGGCAAAGGCUAAGGUUCAAGACUCGGCAGGUGGCCUGCAGAGCCGCUCCAAGAGUGGUGGCACCCCUUUGGUCAACGGCACGACUGGAGAAAGAUCAUCUGGAGCUGAUGGCCUACCCACCGACACUUCACAGCAGCCACACGACGGCCAUGAGUCGCCCAUAGGAGACACUCUUAACGCUGUCGGAUCUGCAAGCUCUUACGCGAGUACGGGCUCAUCCGUCUUCAGUGCAGCUGCGCGACAAGCUGUCUCUAGCGGCAUAUCUCAUAUCCCUACAUCCAGCGGCACGCCGCUCACCUCCAUUGAAUCACCUUCAUACUCAGGCAAUGCUGCCUUACCGAAAACGAUUAUGCUACAAGCGCACAAUACCGAUCGGGGCGAGGCAACGGUCUCUCUCAAUACCCCAACAUCCCGCCUAAACAGCUCACUCCCGGAGCCAUAUCCUCACAUUGAGCGCAUUCCCGCGCGAGAUCCCAACCGAUCGCGAAAAGGCAUCAAAUGCACAUAUGAUCCCUUCAACGACCGGACCCUAUCGAAGCACGGCAGGAAAGAUGCCAAGCCGAUAUAUAAGGAGUUUGGACUGGAAGAUGACGCCCCCCCUCCAGACCCUCGUCUCGCAAAAGGCGGACGACUGGGUUAUAUCAACACCGAUUUUCACCUCCCCAAGUCCCGCUUACGACAAGCGCCAUACAACUUGAAACCAUAUUCUUAUGAUGUCAAGACAUCAAUCGGGCCUGGUCCGCCCACACAGAUUGUUGUUACUGGCUUCAAUCCCCUCAUCACCUUUUCAAAGGUGACGGCGGCCUUUGCGUCCUUUGGUGACAUCGCUGAGAGCAGCAACAAAAUGCAUCCUGAGACGGGCAGCUACUUAGGUUUCGCAACGUUUCGGUAUAAGGAUGCACAUCCCAGCCGGUCGAGGCCCACACCCGUCAAGGCGAUUGAGGCAACACGUCGAGCUGUCAAAUCAAUGCACGGGCAACGAAUUGAGGCGAACACAAUUCGAGUCGAAUACGAUCCUGAAGGAAAGAAAAGCCGCCGCAUGCUCGAGGAGGUUCUGCAGAAAGACACAGUCACACGGGAUGUUGCUGUUGCAAAGGCGCCGCCAACUGGCCCCCGAAUUGCGCCCGAAAAGGUUCCUGGGCCACCCCCCAUGGCACCAAAGGGUCCUUCUUCCCACAGACAGGCCGUGGCUGGGGUGCCUGCCUGGGUCCCAAGCCAACCCAAGAUGCACAUCGCGCUCGAAGAGAAGGUUAUCGCGAAGCAGCUUGCGGGCGAACCGUACAUCUUCGUUGCGCACGAGCAUGUUCCAGUCAUGGUCACGACCAUCCCCCACAUGAAGAAGCGACUAAAAGCGUUCGCUCUUGAGGACAUUCGCAUUGAUCGAACGGGCUACUACAUUCUGUUUCCCAACUCAUUUCAUGGUCGUAACGAAGCGUCGAAGUGCUACAGAGCAGCAAAUCACACCGACUUGUUCACGUACAACAUGGUGAUGCAACUAUCGCUCCCGCCUACGACAAGCCAAGACACCGAAUCUGCUGCUCCUCCACCGCGACGGCGGACCCCUAGCCCCGAACGCAAACGUCGAACGGAUAUACGAGCGCGCGAGGACAAGGACCGCCGUCGUCGCGAAGAGGAGGCAGAUCUUGAGGAAGAGAAGCGGCAGAGAGCUAAGAACUUUGACCCGGUCCUCGAGGCUUGCGAGGUGGUUACCCGAGAGUUGGCAGAACAUUUGAUCAAACACAUACGAACGAGAGUUGCCGCUCCCGCUCUGACGACUUUCCUGGACCCAGCAAAUCAUGCGACCAAGCGAAGAAAGCUCAACUUGGAGGAUCCAGCUGGGUCCGUUCCGUCUGUCACAAUCGAUGCCGGCGAUGAGAGCCCUGGAGUCGGCACCCCCAACUCUGGCGCAGAUCCAAUUGAGCGUCGCACAGGUCGCUUGGAAAUUGCAGCUCUGCCACGUAUCCGUAAGGCCAAGGCUACUGCCCAAGGAGCAUCACGCAAUCACGGCUUCACAGACCCAUUCUCCCGCAAACGCACAGCGCAACAGACCCGUGGUGCCUUCCGGUCAUUGCACCAUCGCCUAAAGAGCUACGACAGUGACGCAGAAUCUGAUGAUGAGGUGGCCGUCAGAGAAUCCCUGGCGAGGGAUACUGAAGAGCCCGACUCUCGACCCCGUAGCCGCAUGAGCACAGACGACGACAUCAAGGAUGACUUUGCCUCCUGGGGUCCCGUUGAGGAGGACUCGAUGACCGAGGCAAGUUUCGCUCUUGGGGAUGGCCUAGCUUCGACGAAGAAGAGGAAACUCGAACUGGAAAUCCAAUCGGCGAUCAAGCGCCAGAAGAAGUCUGACGAAGAACUAUUUGGAGUCAACUUGGAGGGCGUCGAACCUGACCUGUUGAUACACGAGAUUUCUGAAGAGGCCACACCUGAUGCCGACAUACUCGAGACACAGAGCAAUCGCUCUGAGACUCCUGCGCUAUCGACCGCCAAGGGGUUGGCAAAGAAGCAGAAGUCAAAGAAGAAGUCGAAGAGGCAAAUCUUUGAGGAACGGGAAGCGUUGAAGAAGCAGCAAGUUCAGACGCCCAUGGAAACGGAAGAGGAGACAUCAGCCCCCGUCAAAUCCCUGCCGGGAGUGGUCAAGUCCGAGGUGUUGCCUGUAGAGAAGAAAGAGGAAGAUCCAGAGCCGCAGAAGGCCAAGGCAGACCCCUCGUUGUUCACCACCACGCCAGCCCCAGCUCUCGGUCUACCUGACGAUUUCAGGCUCGAUAUCUCUGCAUUGCAAGAGCUGUCGUUACUAGCGGCUGACAGUCCAGAUAUCUCCAAACUCAGGAGGAGGUUUGCUGGGGCAGAUUUCGGCGACCCGCUUCUCUGGUUAUGGAGGCGUAAUCGCGUUCGAGAGCUUAAUUCGGCCACUGGAUCGGUUGAUCAAGCUGUGGGCAUAGGCGGCUACUACGUACCCAACUCUACCGGCGCGGCGCGGACUGAGGGUGUUAAGAAGAUUCUGAACGCCGAAAAGUCCAAGUAUUUGCCUCACCACAUCAAGGUUCAGAAGGCCAGAGAGGCACGUCAAGCGCGGUACAAUAAGGACGGCAAGGACGCCGCCGUUGAGGCAAGCAGACUUGCUGUGGCAGAGAAGGCUGUGGCGAAGGGCAACUCAAGAGCCAAUCGCGCCAACAAUCGCCGACAUGUCUCGGCACUCCAAGAUGAGAAAAAGAUUUCGGGCGACUCUGACGCAUUCAAGUUCAACCAGCUUAAAAAGCGGAAGAAGCCUGUCAAGUUUGCCCGAUCUGCUAUUCAUAAUUGGGGUCUCUACACUGAGGAAAAUAUCAACAAGGACGACAUGAUCAUCGAGUACGUCGGUGAGCAGGUCAGACAAUCGAUCUCGGAAAUUCGGGAGAAGCGUUAUCUCAAGAGCGGCAUGGGCAGCAGUUACCUGUUCCGUAUCGACGAUAAUACGGUAAUCGACGCCACCAAGAAGGGCGGCAUUGCACGCUUCAUCAACCACAGCUGCAUGCCCAACUGCACUGCCAAAAUUAUCAAGGUCGACGGAACCAAGCGGAUCGUUAUCUAUGCGCUCCGCGACAUUGCGCAACACGAGGAGUUGACAUACGACUACAAGUUUGAGCGCGAGAUUGGCAGCUUGGACCGAAUCCCCUGCCUUUGCGGUACCGCGGCGUGCAAGGGAUUCCUCAACUAA